CAAUCAGCUGUUCGUUUAACGUCAAAACAAUCGUGUCUUUCGUAACGUAAUUUUCAAACACUCGGGACUACAGUAGACCUCAGAUAUUGAGGUUGCGGGGGAGGAUGUUCAGCAUUCGCUGCCUGCGCUUCGGAAUCCACCAGAAUCCACUGAUCACUCGAAAUGGAUUCCCCUUUAAUUCCCAAAGGGAUUUCAAGGUCCUUUGCCGGAUGAAAAUGGAGCCACUAAAAUGCGGAGGAGGAGUCCGUUUGGCCCAUGGAAAAGGGGAAACGGAAUCCCACGGCUUGCUACUCAUACGAUGGACGAAAAUUGCCUGGAGCAAUAUGUUUGGAAAGUAUCUGCUAGUGACAAACGUGGUCGGAUCCGGACUUCUAAUGGUCGUGGGCGAUGUGAUAGCCCAGGAGUACGAGUACAGGCGGGGAUUACGCCACCAGGAUCGCUUCGAUACGGACCGCAUGUACAGGAUGUUUGUGGCGGGUGCUCUGCAAGGACCUCUCCAUCACUUCGUCUACAACUGGAUGGACAGGAUAAUGCCUGCCCGCACUACUAAGAAUAUACUCAAGAAAAUCCUGAUUGAUCAACUAUUCAUGUCACCCGCCUGCAUCUUCAUAUUCUUCUACUCCAUCUGCUACCUGGAGCGCCAAACUCUGGAGGCCACCAACAAGGAGCUGAUCAGCAAGUUCCCCUAUGUCUAUCUGCUGGAUUGGAUGACCUGGCCGGCGGCACAGUACCUGAACUUUCGCUAUCUGGACACCAAAUAUAGGGUUACCUUUGUCAAUGUCUGCACGGCUGUUUAUAAUGUUUUAAUGUCCUAUAUGAAACAUGACUUUGGUAUCCAUUUGCCUCUGGAAGGGGAGUUGGUGGAGUCCUCCCAAAUGUCCUUCGCUCCGUCGAAUUACACAACCAGUCCGGAAACCCAGAAAAAGGUUUGAAAUGUGAUAUUGAUAACUAAUAUAAAUUACGAAGUCAUGGGUGUUAUUAUGUAAAAUGAAGAGGCUCUUAGUAUGAAUAUAUAUAUGUGUUUAGUACAAAAGUUAA